ACUACACUAAAUGGAAGACCACAAAAAAACAUCAGAAGCAAAAGAAGAAGGUUGCGAGGUAUACCCUAAUUGUAAUGAUGAUCAGUUACAUCAAUAUUUCCCUCCAAUAUUGCUUGCUCAAACACCAACAAUGAGUGUCACUUAUCAUGAUCACCAAUCCACCAUCUCGAUGUCGGCAGCGACGGCACCCUCCGAUCACCGUCCGAUGGAAGGCGGCUUGGUGUACACUGACAUUUUCGAAAUGUUGUCAAAUGUUGAACUUUAUCCGCCGCCAGAGGAUGAUGAUCAAGCACUCAUUAAUAAUAUUACCGGCCCGCAGGAUCCCCAACCAACACAAGUUUUAGAGGAGGCUGAUUCCAGUGAGCAGCAGAAGAUCAAGCCCAACUCCAACUUCCCAGAAAUUAACUUUGGAACUAAUUAUAUUGAUGAUGGAAGUACUGUAGGGAGGAGGCAUCCCUGCAAUAGACUCAGAGGAGCAAUCAUUCGGGCCAGGAAAUCAUCUCGUUCAAUUGAAUUGCAUAACAUUGCGGAGAAGAGACGCCGGGAACGAAUUGGGAGAAAGAUAAAAGCUCUGCAAGAUUUAAUACCCAACUGCAAUACGAGGGACAAGGCUUCCAUUCUCGACGAUGCAAUAAGAUACAUAAAAGCCUUACAACAUCAACUUGAGACAAUACCUACUGGAAUCGCCGCAGCCGCCGCAGGUUGUUCUUUGAUGCAAACUCCGACUAUGAUAUCGCCGGCGCCGGCAGGCAGCUACCAAGUGAUGCAAUUUCCCAGCCAAGUGGCUCAAACAAUGUUAAUGAAUCCGGCGAGGAUAGGAAUGGGAAUGUCAAACUUUAAUUACUUGCCAUUUCCAGUGAUGGGAGUACAUAACUAUCUAUAUUAUCAGUCAAGUCCGGCAGCAGCUGCGGCGGCGUUAGGGAUGGAUACGGCGGCGGUCGGACCCAUGAUGAUGACUCAGCUGAAUAUGCCACUUGAUCGUUCCAAUCACUAGUAUUGUCUUCAUCAGAUUCCGACAAGAACAAUAAGAAUACUUUUAUGAUCCCGCCUGGCGCCAGCCCACCGGCAUCUUUUUAGGAAGAGUUCCCAAAGUAGAAAUAUAUAUAUACUAUUUUGGUGGGAACUGCAGCUCUGUAUACAGUUAUAGACUGCCGCACGUG